UUCUUCGCGGCACUGCCGAAGUUAUUGUGGAGCCAUGCGCAGCAACGAGAUGCAACCAGACACUGAACUUACGGGCACGACCGAGCAACAAGACGUCUCUGCGGUUUCCAUCCGACUCCCACCAUACUGGGACCGCAACCCUGCAGUUUGGUUUCUUCAAGCGGAAUCGCAAUUUAUUCUCUCUGGCGUUCGCACGGAACAACGCAAGUACCACCUAGUUGUUUCGGCACUGUCGCCUACUGCUGCAGAAGAAGUUGCCGACCUGCUUUCUGGACCGGCUUCUGCCACUCCAUACAGCGAUCUUAAGGCUGCACUUCUCGAGCGCACAACAACAUCGCAGCGAGCCCGCAUGCAACAGUUGCUCUCCGCAGAGGACUUGGGAGACCGUCGGCCAAGCCAGCUCCUUCGCCGUAUGCGACAGCUCAUGAGCGGCAACACAACAGUAAACGACGACUGCCUCCUUCGGGAAUUGUUCAUGCAGCGCCUUCCAGUAAACGUUCAGAUGAUACUCGCUACAGCCACGGCAAUGGACCUCAACAGCCUGGCCAGCCUGGCAGACAAAGUCAUGGAGGUGGUGACGCCAGCGGUGUGCAACGUAACACCAUCAAGCACCACUGCGAGUUCAGUGCCGCAAACAUCAUCCUCUGCCGCUUCUCCCAUCGACGUGCUCUGCAAUCGCCUUGAACAAUUAGUUUGUGCUGCGGAGCGUCAUCGCACUUCACCCCGUCACGGAAGGUACCGCAGCUCGAGUCGAUCACGGCGUCCAAGAGAAGAACGCUCCCGGUCUCAAACGCCACCACGGGUAUGCUUUUAUCACCGCCGCUUCGGGCAGGAGGCGCGCCACUGCCUCCGUCCUUGUGCAUGGCAGGGAAACCAGCCGGCCGACCUUUAAUGGCGACAACCGGUCAGGGCCAAAGCAAAAGUCGCCUAUUUCAUGUCAUGGACAGAACCACAGGCCAGCCAUACCUGGUGGACACCGGGGCGGAGGUCAGCAUUAUUCCCGCGCAACGUUCCGACCGAACUACACCGCCGACCUCCUAUCUUCAAGCUGUCAACGGUAGCCGAAUACCUGUUUACAAGUCGCGGUCCCUCACCCUGAACCUUGGCCUGCGCCGCGUGUUCCGUUGGGUUUUCCUCGUCGCUGACGUUCGCCGUGCUCUUAUUGGCGCUGAUUUCCUGGACCACCAUGGACUGCUGGUCGAUGUGAAACGCCAACGCCUGCUGGACACUGCUACGUUGCUCUCUGUUCAUGGCGUCGUUUCCUGUGACUCGCCUAUAGUCGCCCCAACCACGACAAUUGCUGGUGAUCCUUUUGCUUGCCUCCUUCAAAAGUUCCCCAACCUCACGCGACCACCCGACUGGACAAAGCCCGUACAACAUGAUGUACGUCAUCACAUCCUAACAACUGGUCCACCUGUAUUUGCUCGCCCACGACGACUCGCCCCAGACAAACUCAAAAUUGCCCGAGCAGAGUUCGAACACAUGUUGGAACUUGGAAUUAUACGACCAUCGUCCAGCAGCUGGGCGUCUCCGCUCCAUCUGGUCCCCAAGAAAUCAGGUGACUGGAGGCCAUGUGGGGACUACCGAUCCCUGAAUGCAAAAACCAUUCCGGACCGGUACCCACUGCCUAACAUCCAAGAUUUCACGUCGGCACUGGAUGGCACUACAGUAUUUUCCA